GUCUGUUAUAACUGUGGCAAGGCUGGCCACGUGGCCCGAGACUGUGACCAUGCCAACGAGCAGAAGUGCUACUCCUGUGGAGGUUUUGGACACAUCCAGAAGGGCUGUGAGAAGGUCAAAUGUUACAGGUGUGGUGAGAUCGGCCAUGUUGCCGUCCAGUGCAGCAAGGCCAGCGAAGUCAACUGCUACAACUGCGGAAAGUCUGGUCACCUGGCUAAAGAAUGCACCAUCGAGGCCACGGCCUAGUGCUCUGCUGCCUUCCUACGCCCCUCCUUCACCUGGAUGAUUGGAUUAUUUUGUCUGAAACCUCCCCUCUGGCUACGGAGGCUGCUCCCAGACCAGUCCGCUGUAAAGGGGCGGAAUAAUACACUUUCUGCAUUUAAUCAAAAAUGUUUACUUUGGUAGAGGUUAAUGUACAAUGGUUUGUUAAAGAAGCCAUUUCCCAUGCCACUGGUGACCAGGGAUGAGUUCAUGUCCUCCCUACCAGGUCCGGGAAACCAGUCGGAAUGAAAGUCUGUCGGAACUUUUUAGUUUUUUGGAAGAAAACGGACUAGACCUGAGACAGCAGCACCACCCAGUGGUCGUUAUGGGUUCGGUCCGACAGCAGCAUGCAGACAGACCAGGACCAAACCCGUCACAACAUGGUGUAUGAAUACAGACAGUCAUAGCUAAUUCACAAGAAGAUAAAACUUUGUUUUUGUACAGUGUUAGCUGCUGAGUGUCAGAAUCAGUCUUGAUCCAGUAGUAAGUUGAUGUGUUAUAUAAUCAUGGAAACGGAUCAGAAAAAGAAAGGCUAAGAGAGAGAAUGUUUUCACAAAUCUAAAUGUUAUUUUUCUACAAAAUAACACUUAGACCUGUGGUUCCCAAACGUUUUCAACCGGGCCCCCUUCCAUAAUUAUUUUGGGGGUAGUGGGGAGCUCUGCGCCGACCUUCGCACACCCGACAGUUUAGGAACCACUGACUUGGACUACUGUAAAAAAAUAUAUAAUUUGCUUGUACUCAGUUUAAGUGGAAAGGUAAUGCAACUGAAAAUCCUCCAACAUAAUGUCAUUUUAAUCUCAAUAAAGCACAAGGGGAGUUAGACUGAACUA